AUGGCCACAAGGAGCGCCAAGCUAAAUUUAAAGAUUAUCCUUCUCGGCGAUGCCGGUGUUGGGAAAACGAGUGUCCUCAACCAACAUGUGUUUGAACUGUUUCCUUCCACCCAGUUCGUGACACGUAUCCCGCCCGACUUUGUGGUCAAGGGUGCAAUGGUCAAUGAUCGCCGGGUAACAUUGCAGUUCUGGGAUCCAGCUGGGCUUGAACGCUUUGGGCCAAUACACAAGCCAUGGUAUCGAAAUACCCAUUGCUGUGUGCUGAUGUAUGACAUAAACAAUGAGAAAAGCUUUCAAAGCUUAGAGAAUUGGCUGAAAGGGUGUCAUGACGCGUGCUUUAAUAUGGAUAUCAACAAUUUUCCUGUCAUCUUGCUUGGAAAUAAGAUCGAUGGUGGAGACAAACGACAAGUAACUCCCGAGCAAGCCUUACAGUUCUGUGCGGAAAAUGGCAAUAUCCCGUACUUCGAGACUAGUGCUAAAGAUGCCACGAACUUGCAGGAGGCUUUUGGAACCGCUGCGAGAUUUGCCCUUGGGCAUAAGGAUAUGCUGGAAAAGUUGGCUGAACAUGACAAAAGUCUGGUGAGCGUGGAACAAUCCAACACCAAGAAAACAUGCUGGUAG